UGUCUUUGGAUAGAAACGUUUGCAAUGUUAAGAAAGAGAUUGUCAGGAGAUUUUAUUAGAAUCAAGGAAAUCAUCAAGUAACACGUUGAAAACCGUUAAGGUUUUUUUCCAGAGCAUCCAGCGUUGAGCGUGACCCACGACGUCGUGGAUUAACCUCAGACACAGUUGAUCGACCGCCACCAACAGAACCAGAAGCUAGGCAGAUAUACGACGGGAGAGUUACAAAUAUUAUGCAGUUUGGCUGCUUUGUUCAGCUCUUUGGAAUCAAGGGCAGACACGAGGGGCUGGUUCAUAUUUCACAGCUUCGUCGAGAAGGAAGAGUUGCUAACGUGGCUGAUGUUGUUGCAAAAGGGCAAAACGUCAAAGUGAAAGUUUUGUCCAUAACUGGAAAGAAGAUUAGUUUGUCUAUGAAGGAUGUUGAUCAAGCAACUGGUGAAGAUUUGAACCCCGACGGUGGCUUGAGAUCAGCUGCCAAUCGACAAGAAGACCUUUCCCUUAGAAACCCUGACAGGCCUUCGUCUUCCUCUUUGGUGCCUGUUGUGGAUGACAGAGAUUUCGAUGUGAAGAAGAAAUUUAAUCGCAUCUCCUCUCCAGAGAGAUGGGAAAUUAAACAGCUUAUUGCAGCUGGUGUCCUUGAUGUAUCAGAAUACCCUGAUUUUGAUGAAGAAAGUGGCAUUUUGCCCAAGGAAGAAGAUUCUGACGAAGACAUCGAAAUAGAGUUGAGAGAAGAAGAGCCACCUUUCUUGCAAGGCCAAACGAAGCUCAGUAUUGAUGUCAGUCCGAUCAAAAUUGUUAAGGUAACAAGCCUCAAUUUUUUGCUACACACUUUUGUGCAUUGUAGAGAGACAUUGUUGUUGAAAGGUAUCACUCUUAAUGUUGAUUCACAUGAUGGCUGA